AUGAAUCCAAUUGAUGAUAGUAAUAAUAAUAAUAAUAAUAUUAAAAAAGAAGAACCACAAUUAAAAAAUGAUAUAGAAUUGUAUAGGAUCAAUACACAUGAUGAUAUUAACGAAUCAUUCUACAAUAGUCAGAAAAAAGAAGGAAGAUUCUCUGGGAGAAGCAAAAGAGUGUUUUAUCUCUUGGCUGCUAUUGCCGUCAUUGUCACUGUAGUAUUACUCAUUGUAUUUUUAAUACCAAGAGAUAAAGAUAUACUUCAACCAAAAAGAAAUAUUAUCUUAUUAAUUGGUGAUGGUUUUGGACCAGCAAGUGCAACGAUGGCACGUAUAGCAAAGAAUGGAAAGACUGGGGUACUUAAUAUGGAUAGUCAUUUGGUUGGAACAUUAAAGACAUUUUCAUCGUCGAGUGAUGUGACUGAUUCUGCGGCUGGUGCAACAGCCUAUGCGGCAGGAGUACAUACUUAUAAUGGUGCUAUUAGUGUUGAUCCGGAUACACAGAAACCAGUGGGUGCUAUCAUUGAUGCGACUACUACACAGGGUCUUAGAUCGGGUCUGGUGGUGACGACAAGACUGUCAGAUGCAACACCUGCCUGUUUCUAUGCACAUUCAUCACAAAGACAAUACGAAGAGUUUAUCAUAUCACAGGUUAUGAACAGCGAUAUUAGUGUGUUGAUGGGUGGAGGAUUGUCAAAAUGGAGUAAUGCAACGUUGGAUACUGCCAAAUCGCGAAACUAUACCAUUGCAUCGACUCGUGAUGAAAUGUGGGCCUCUAAAAACACGUCCAAGAUUUUGGGGUUGUUUGCAGCUGACAACCUGCCCUAUGAAAUCGAUCGUGUCACGUUUGGCAUGACACAUAUCCCAACACUUGCAGAAAUGACGACCAAAGCACUACAGAUCCUCUCCGAGGACAAUGACAGCGGCUUCUUUUUGAUGGUUGAGGGGUCGCAGAUUGAUAUUGCCGGACACAGCAACGACGCGGCCACACAAAUCAGAGAGACGCUGGCUCUGGACGCUGCAUUCCAGGUGGUUCUCGAGUAUGCCAAGAACGACCCAAACACAAUCGUCUUGAUGACUGCUGACCACGAGACGGGCGGUCUGACACUGGGCUACCAGCCAGUUGACUCGUAUGCCGGCGAGGCACUCUACCAAUGGGACCCAUACACUUUGAUGAGCAUCAAUGCAUCAUCUCAAACCAUGGCCGGCUUUAUUCAAGGCAACAUUACCGCUGCCGGACCGACUGCCGAUAUUGCAACCAUCAUCCGUACCACCGUCGGUCACUAUACACCAAGUGGCAAUGUUACCAUUACUGAUGCUGACAUUGCCUUUCUCGCACCACUAGCCAACACCACCAGCAUGUGGGUGUUUGGUCGUGCCCUUGGCCGUGUCAUUUCCUCUAAAGCCAAUGUUGGCUUUACCACCACUGGUCACACUGGUGUCGAUGUCAAUCUCUACGCCUUUCACGCCAACGAUCAAGACUUGAUCGAAGAGUUGCGCGGAAACCAUGAAAAUAUUUAUCUUGGUCAAUUUAUAGCAUCCAAUCUUAAACUUGAUCUUGCUGCUCAAACAACUCGACUUGCAAACUUUUCAACUACUCCUUCUCCUCAACAACAGAAAUAA